AUGACAGAUCAACCCCUCCAAAAAGUGCUAAGGAGGCCAGAGUUAUCAGGUCGACUGGCUAAAUGGGCGGUCGAGCUAGGAGAACACUCCUUGGAAUGCAAAGCCAGAACUGCCAUGAAGGGACAAAUACUGGCCGACUUCUUGGCGGAGGUCCCUGAGGAUGAAGAAAAAGAACUUUUGAAGUGGGAAGCCCUGGAGAGGGAAGAGAAAGAAAAGGAAGACGAGGCAGUGCUGUACUUUGAGAAUACCAACAACACCGAAGAAUAUGAAGCCCUUUUAGCAGGGAUGAGGCUAGCCAAAAAGAUAAAACCAAAACACGUGGAGGCUAGUACAGACUCACAGUUAGUGGUCAAACAGUACCAAGGGGAAUAUGAGGCUAAAGACAGCACAAUGGCUCAAUACGUGGCAAAGGUAAAAGAAACAGCCAAGGCUUUCAAGACCUUUAAACUAGAAUACAUCCCCCGUGAGAGAAAUAGAAAAUCCGAUGCCCUCAGCAAGCUGGCCUCCGUGGCAUUUGACCACCUAGCAAGAGAAGUCAAAGUGGAAGUCCUGACCUCCCCCUCUCUCGGCACAGAAGAGGUGGCUGCGAUCGAAAACGCACAAGAGACAUGGAUGACACCGAUUGUAAAGUUCCUCAAAGACGGAAUGUUACCCGAGGGAGACUGGGCAGCCAGGAAGGUAAGAGUCAAAGCCUUACAAUAUGAAUUGAUUGAUGGAGAACUUUACCGAAGGUCAUACCUGGGUCCAUCCCUGAAGUGCGUUGACAGUGAAGAGGCCAAGUAUGUGAUCAGAGAAAUACACGAGGGGAUUUGUGGAAUGCAUUCGGGGCCAAGGACAGUAGUGGCGAAGGCAAUGAAUGCGGGUUUCUAUUGGCCUCGAAUGUAUGAGACAGCAUCAGAGGAGAUCAAGAAAUGUGACAAUUGCCAGAUCCAUGCACCUAUGACGCACCGCCACAAACACCCAAUAAUACAUGUUUCAACGUCUUGGCCCUUCCAGAAGUGGGCCAUCGACAUAAUUGGGGCAUUCCAAGAAGGCCCGGGAGGGGUUAAAUACGUGGUGGUUGCCAUAUAUUAUUUUACCAAGUGGAUAGAGGCAAGACCCCUGGCAAAAAUAACCGGGGAGCAGAUGAGACGAUUUGUACUAGACAACAUCAUUUGCAGAUACGGGGUCCCAAAGGAACUGGUGAGUGACAACAGUGUCCAAUUUGCUGGAAAACCCUUCAGGCCAUGGUGCGAGCAGAUGCACAUACAACAAGUGUUUACCUCCGUCACCCAUGCCCAAAGCAACAGACUGGUGGAAAGAGCAAAUCAAAGCGUUAUCAAGGGAAUGAAAGGAGACUCGGAAGGAAACAAAAAGGAUGGCUGGAGGAAUUACCAUUUGUGCUAUGGGCAUACAGGACCACCCCCAAGGACUGCAAUGGGGAACCCCCUUCAGCUUAACAUACGGGACGGAGGAAGUCAUCCCGGCUGA